AUGGAGUUCGGAUUUCCGGAAAGCUGCGCGGUGGAGCGGUGGAGGUCGCCGACGCACGCGGCCUCGGGGGCGGCGAAGCGGUGGCACCAGGAGAAGGCGCAGAUUAUGGCGCAUGCCCCGGGGACGGCGGAGGCAGCCGCAGGCGGUGGAGCGGAGGCGGUCGCCGACGCAGCCGCUCUCGAGGGCUGAGGAUGAUAUUCUAUUAUUUUAUCAACAGCAGCGGCAGCAGCGGCAGCAGCAACAGCAGCAAGACACAACAACGGGAGCAAUACUCUGUGCGCUUCUUGACGGUGUCCAAUCGGGUUCCUACAUCAACAGCAGUCACCCCCACUGCUGCAUACAAUAUGCACGAGUACCAUGUGCUCUCUACCUGGUUUUCGUGACAAGCUCUGAGAGGUACCAUGCUACUACAAACAUACUCGAGGGUGCGCUGGCCUACUUCCCCCUGGCGGGGCUCUGCAUCGUACAGCACUACAAGUCGGGAAUAACAGACAUGUCGCAGUCAGCCCUAUCUUUUAAUAAUAUCCGUGCUUGGGUCGCAAUAUUCGGGGCGGGGGUGUCCGGAUGUCGUCCCCGACACGACCCUCCAGCCCGUACGUAACAUAAGUAGAUGCGCGGUUUCAAAACAUUCUUAGCCCCGCCCGAGCGGUCUAGUAUACUCCUUCUCCGUUAUUCUUCUAGAGGGAUUAUUGUAUGCAUGGUCCAAAUUACGGAAAUAUUUACCCGUUAUGUAGAAAAGACGCGCCCCGAUCGGAGGGAUGAGUUGAAGUCUCUGCAGCAGAAGCGAAUGAGUGAGGAAAACCUCCUGGAUACGGACGUACUUAUGGCAAGUCUGCUGAAGGCUGCCUACAGCAAUGCUGUACAUGUAUACUGAGAGAGAUCGCCAGUGAUACGCAUAGCUCUGUGCAAUAACUAAACAGAGGUUAGCCGAAUGUCACAACGACACUCGUCGUCCUUCAUCUUCAUGAUCAUCACGGCAGAUUAACCAUGGUUGUUUGCGUGGAAACGUUGCGCAGACGGUGCACGCCUUCACACCACCGAAGGUGACUUGGCACGAGAUACCACUCCUCCUCGACCGAUUUUCAAAGCUCGAUUGCUCCACGACGAAGAGGGCGCAUACAAAAAAGUGCGUUUUCGAAAAGCCUUCGACGACACGACGCCGUUUUUGGUUCUGCCAGUUUUUCGGCCGGGGAAAAAUCGGGCUGUAUUAACCCUUUUGGGUUUACAGGCGUCCUGACAGAUCAUUAAUUGAUUUCUUCUACAUGCUGAUGUUGUGGCAUGCCAUGGAGUUGCCGCCCUGUAUCCCUCCACGCCAGGUGUUGGCAAGUCAAUAGGUAGGUGUGCUUUUUGUUAUUCGCAUCGACCCCGCGCUACCCGGUGGCCAAUGAAAAGACGUUAGUGCCAGCGGGAAAUAUC